AAAACCAAGCUCGCCACUUAAGCAAAAGAAACAGAGGAUGCAAAUCACCUUUAAAGACUUCAAGAAGCAGAAGCUCACGAUCGACGUCGAAGUCGACGACACGGUGUUGAAAACUAAAGAGACAGUCGCCAGCCAAAAACUGUGUGAUGUAUCCCAAUUAAAGUUUGUGUACUCUGGAAAGGUGUUGGCAGACGACCAGAGUUUGGGGUCUUAUAAGAUCAAAGAAGGUGACUCGAUCAUUUACAUGAUUUCGAAGGCCAAGAAACCUGUUGUUCCAGUCGCCGAACCACCAACAGCCGCCACCACCGGUGAUUCAAGCGAAUCAGCCGCUAGCGAGCCCGUAGCACCUACUCCCAGUGCCACCACCGUGGCCCCAGUAUCUGAAGAGGCUGGAUCGGCCUUCGCUCAGGGUUCUGAGAGAGAAGCCACCAUUCAAAACAUAAUGGAGAUGGGAUAUGACAGGGACCAGGUGGAACAGGCGUUGAGGGCAGCCUUCAACAACCCACAUAGAGCGGUGGAAUACCUCUUGACGGGGAUCCCCGAGUCCUUACAGCAGCCGGUUGAGCCUCCCACUGCGGUUGAAGAAGAUGUCGAUGCCACCCCUGUUGCAGCAGAAACUACCCAGGACGAUAAGGACCAUGAUCACGACACCAGUGACAGAAACGUCAACUUGUUCGAAGCUGCUGCCGCCGCCAACAAUGCCAGUGCCGGAGAAGGUGACGCCAGCGACCCGGUCGGUGAGUUGGACGACGCUGCCCAAUUGCAAUUGUUGCGGGAGGCCAUACAAACCAACCCCGAGUUGAUACACGAAUUGUUGGAACAAAUCCUGCGGUCCAACCCCCACAUAGCUCAGUUGAUUCAGCAAGACCCUGAAGGGUUCAUCAAUCAGUUUUUCGGAGCUGGCGCCGAGGAAGGAUUUGAGAUCGAUGACGAAGCCAUGGAAGAAGGUGAAGAUGCGGGUGUGAGAAUCGAAAUAUCGGAAGAAGACCAAAGUGCCAUCAACCGGUUGUGCGAGUUGGGCUUUGACCGCAACUUGGUGAUUCAGGUGUACAUGGCCUGUGAUAAGAACGAAGAAGUGGCUGCUGACAUUUUGUUCAGAGACUCAUAGAUCCGCGAUGAGGUAUUGUUGUACAUUAGCUUUGAUGCUCUGUUUAUAUAUAAUAUUUCCACAAACCUAACUGUUACCACGGUAACUCCUCCAAGCUGUGCACAAUGCCGUGAGUGUCAAUGUCAUCCUGAGAAACCGGUGCGUUGCCCGGUCUGUCGACGAUGCUGACGGCUAUGCCCGCUUCUUUUGCUGCGUGGAUUUCCUUCACGUUGUCGCUCAAAAACAACACAUGUGAUGGAUUGGUGUCGUAGCCAAUGCUCUUUAGAAUACUCUCGUACGAACUAGCCUCUUGCUUGGAUCCAGCCGUGGUGAUGUCAAAGUACCCACUCAAGUAUUGGUUCAAGUCCACCACGUUGUUGCCAUCUUUGACGUAUUUAAACAACAACUUCUGGGCCUUGACACUGCCGCUCGAGUAGAUGUAUAUCUUACUGUGCUGAGAAAACGUCUUGAUCACAUUGAUAGCGUCUGGGUAAAUGGGUGCCAACAAAUCACCUUUUUCAUAUCCCAAUUUCCACACAAAUCCCUGGAACGACUUAAGAAUCGGGUCCUUGACGUCAUUGGCGACCAACUGGCGGAUAUGUGAUGCGACAGCAUCGAGUGUUGCGUGCUGCGGGAACUGAGCCACGAUAUUAUUGAUCAACUCGGUGUCCGUGGGGGUUUGGCCAACGGGCUUGUUCAGCAACGGGUAGUCCAAAUCGGCCAAGAAAACCUCGAAUUGAUCCAUGAAGUAUGGGUAUAGCACAUCCUUGACGAAGGAGAUCGAGCAGACAGUACCUUCGAUGUCGAGUACUAAUACUUUGGGGCUCAUUGUCAAAGUUUCAGAGAUAAUUAAUGC